AUGUCGACAGAAUCUAUCACCGAAAAGAUUAAGGCUCCGGAGCCAGUGGCGGAGGAGGAGGACCACCAUGGCGAAUUGGUUAACGCGUCUGGUCAUCGUCAGGAGGUCGACCGAAACUUCAGCUUGAUCAGUCUGUGUGCUAUCGCCGUCACGACUGGUAACACGUGGAUUGCCCAGGGUGGUAGUGUGGUGACAGCAUUGAGUAACGGUGGAUUGGCUGGAUGUAUUUAUGAAUUUAUCGCUGUUUCAAUUUGUUACUGGAUGGUCGCUGCCUCGCUUGCUGAGUUGGCAUCCGGUAUGCCCUCGUCUAGUGGUGUUUACCAUUGGGCUUCCAUCACGGCUGGCAAGUAUGGUCGUGUCUGCGGAUUUUUCGCUGGUUGGUGGAACUGUUUGGCUUGGAUCCUAGGUGCCGCCUCGAUGUCAUUGAUUAUGGGCCAGCAGACCGUUUCCAUGUAUGCUCUGAUGCAUCCCGGUUUCGAAGUCAAACCAUGGAAUACCUUCGUCAGCUUCCUCAUCUGCACAUGGGUGUGCUGCUGCAUCGUGCUUUUCAUGAACCGCUUCUUGCCAUACAUCGGUAACCUCGGCAUGUUUUUCAUUCUUGCUGGUGUAUUCAUUACCAUCAUCGUCUGUGUUGUGAUGCCUUCUGUCAACGGCGUUGGUUACGAAUCCAACUAUGUUGUCUGGCAGGAAUGGACGAAUGAGACCAAUUACUCGCAACAAGGCUUUGUUUUCGUGAUGGGUAUGCUGAACGGUGCUUACAGUGUUGGAACUCCCGACUGUUCUUCCCACUUGGCUGAAGAAAUUCCCAAGCCCAGCCGCAACAUUCCCAAGGCUGUUCUUGCUCAGAUGGGUGUUGGCUUUAUCACCGGUCUCCUGUAUAUGAUUGCCAUCUUCUACUCCAUCCAAGACCUGGAUGCCGUUGCCAACAGCAGUUACAAAUUCCCUCUUGCUGAGAUCUACUUCCAGGCCACAGGAUCCCGUGGUGGUGGCUUGGGUCUUUUGAUCGUCGCCUUCAUCCCGACUCUGAUCACCGCAACUGGUUGCUACAUCACUGCCGGUCGCACUCUCUGGACUAUCUCCCGCGACCGUGCUACUCCUUUCCCCAAGUGGUUGGGUCACAUCAACACCACCUACCAGAACCCAUUCAACGCUACUUUCGUUUGCGGUGUUCUCGUCACCAUCCUCGCCUGCAUUUAUCUCGGAUCUUCCACCGCCUUUAGCGCUUUCGUUGGAUGCUUCGUUCAACUGUCCAGUCUCUCUUACUUUAUGGCCAUCUUCCCCCACAUUCUCACCAAGCGCAAUUCUUUCGUUCCUGGGUUUUUCUUCAUGAACAACAAGAUCGGCUAUGUUAUCAACGCUCUUUCCUGCAUCUACAUCCUCGCUUUCGUCGUCAUCUUCUGCUUCCCUUACGCCCUCCCCGCUGAGGCUGCUUCGAUGAACUACGCAUCCUUGAUGACUGGUGGACUAUCGAUCUUUGUCACUAUUUGGUGGUUCAUUCGCCAGGGUUCAUACGAGGGACCUCAGAAUAUCCCCUUGACCGAUAAGGCUCUGAUGGAGGAUGCCCAGUAA